AUGGUCGACCGGGCUCAAUUACUCAAUGGCCAUUCACUGGGCCCCUUCCUAGUGUUCAUCCCUGACCCAGAGUCGACGCUCCCUGCUGCCAAACGCCCCCUCUGGGACUUUGAGGACGGUAGGGCCGAGCUGGAAACGGAGGCCCGUCAGCUCUUGCGCCGGCUGGAGGACGACAAGGUACUGCAGGGCGAGGACUACUCCCUGGAGGGCCUCGGCAGGCUGGCCGCGCUCAACCAGGAGGCCGGCCCAGACCUGGUAGUCCACCCGGCCACGGCAAACGGACGCGACGCGAUGCUGCGUCGCGGCGUGCAGGCGGCGCUGGAGGCGGCCAUGGCGGCGCGAGACGGCGCGGCAUCACUGCUGGUGGCGGGGUCGGUCCGAACCUCGGCGGGGCUGGAGGUUCGGCGCCGCCUCUUCGUGGAGGCCGGCGCUGAUGCUGGCGCUGGCUCCGGCGACACAACGCACGUCCUGGCAGAGCUCCUGGGCUUUGACCCCGAGCUCGUGGUCCCCCAGCACCCAGGCUGA